AUGGAGAAGAAGAGCUUGGAGGUUGGGGUCGUGGACGAUGACCACGAGGUCUGGGUGCACGACUCCUCCGUUGAUCACCGCGGGAGGUCUCCCUCCCGCACCACCACCGGAUCGUGGAAGGCCGCAAUGUUCAUCAUCUUGAUUGAGUUCAGCGAGAGGCUGAGCUACUUCGGCAUAGCCACGAGCCUGAUGAUAUACCUCACCAAGGUGCUGCAGGAGGAGCUGAAGGUGGCGGCCAAGAAUGCCAACUACUGGAUGAGCGUCACCACGCUCAUGCCCUUGCUCGGCGGCUUCCUCGCCGACGGCUACCUCGGCAGGUUCUCAACCGUCGUCUACUCCACCGCCGUCUACCUGCUGGGUCUGACGGUGCUGGCGACGGCGCAGCUGGCUCCGGGGCUGAGGCCCGACCACUCGCCGCGCCUGCACGAGGCGCUCUUCUUCGCGGGCAUCUACCUGGUGUCCGUGGGCACGGGCGGCCACAAGCCGGCCCUGGAGAGCUUCGGUGCGGACCAGUUCGACGAGGCCCACGCGGCGGAGCGGGUGCAGAAGAUGUCCUUCUUCAACUGGUGGAACUGCGCGCUCUGCUCGGGCGUCCUGCUCGGCGUCACCGCCAUCGUCUACGCGCAGGAGCGCGUCGGAUGGGGCUCCGCCACCGUCGUUCUCGCCGCCGUCAUGGCCGCCUCGCUCGCCGUCUUCCUCGCCGGCCGCCGGUCCUACCGAUACAGGGUGCCCGAGGGCAGCCCGCUCACGCCGCUGCUCCAGGUCCUCGUCGCCGCCUUCCGGAAGAGGCGGCUCCCGCUGCCGGCCGACGCCGACGAGCCGUACGAGGUCAGGUCGCCGCAGAGUGGCAACAAAAGGCUGCUUUGCCACACCUACCAGCUGAGGUUCCUCGACAGGGCGGCUAUAGUGGAGCCCGGCGCCGGCGAGGAGGCUUUCGGGCCGUGGCGGCUGGCGACGGUGACGCAGGUGGAGGAGACGAAGCUGGUACUGGCGAUGGUGCCCAUCUGGGUGUGCACGCUGCCGUUCGGCAUGGCGGUGGCGCAGGUGUCCACGUUCUUCAUCAAGCAGGGCAGCGUGAUGGACCGUCGCCUGGGCCCGCACUUCGAGCUCCCGCCGGCGUCCAUCUUUGCGCUGUCCGCGCUCGCCAUGAUCGCCACGGUGGCGGCCUACGACAAGGCGCUGGUGCCGUACCUGCGGCGCGCCACGGGAGGGGAGCGCGGGAUCAGCAUCCUGCGGCGCGUCGGCAUCGGCAUGGCGUUCGCCAUCGCGGGGAUGGGCGUGGCGGCCGCGGUGGAGCGGCGGCGCCUGCUGUCAGCGGCCUCGGCCGCCGCGCGGCCGCCGUCGGUGCUAUGGCUGGUGCCGCAGUUCGCGCUGAUGGGCGUGGCGGACGGGUUCGCGCUGGUGGGCCUGCAGGAGUACUUCUACGAGCAGGUCCCCGACGGCAUGCGCAGCCUGGGCAUUGGCCUCUACCUCAGCGUCAUCGGCGCCGGGAGCUUCCUCAGCAGCCUGGUGAUCACGGCGGCCGACCGCGCCAGCUCGCGCGGGGGGCGCGCCAGCUGGUUCGCCAAGGACCUCAACCACAGCAGGCUGGACCUCUUCUACUGGCUGCUGGCGUGCAUCGGCGCCGUCAACCUGGCAUUCUACGCGCUGGUCGCCACCAAGUGCUCGUACAAGCAGACCGUCAGGGCCGGCAGGGUCGGCGACGACAAGUCCGCCGCCGCCGGUGACGACGUCGAGUGCGCCGCCGGCUUCGUCGCCGCGUAG